AUGGCCAAAGAAUACGAUCAUUUGUUCAAAUUAUUAAUCAUCGGAGACAGUGGAGUUGGAAAAAGCAGUUUAUUAGUUAGGUUUGCUGACAACACGUUCACAGGCUCUUUCAUAACGACGAUAGGAGUUGAUUUCAAAAUCCGAACAAUCAUCGUCAACAAUGAAAGAGUUAAACUACAAAUUUGGGACACAGCAGGGCAAGAAAGAUUUAGGACCAUCACAUCUACGUACUACCGAGGCACACACGGGGUACUAGUGGUGUAUGACGUAACAAGCGGUGAAACCUUUGCCAACAUUAAGAGGUGGCUGCAAGAGAUCGAUCAGAAUUGUGAUGUCGUCAACAGAAUAUUAGUUGGCAACAAGGAUGACAAUCCAGAUAAAAAAGUCGUUUCGACUGAAGAUGCCCAGGCAUUUGCUGACCAGAUUGGUAUCAAGCUGUUCGAGACAAGUGCUAAAGAUAACAAAAAUGUUGAAGAAAUGUUUAUGGCGAUCACUGAAUUGGUAUUGAGGUCGAAAAAGGAACAGCAGACGAGAAUACAACAGCAGGGCGGGGAUACGGUCAAACUAGGCACCAAGUCCAGCAAGUCCAAGAAAAAAUGCUGCUGA